GAUCUUAUCUCUAUGAAUGCAUGCUAUAUAUCAGUUGUAUAUAAAGACCCAAUAAUAAAGCUAGUAACGAUUUAAGUUGUGUGUUUUUCUCUCUGUACUCUCUAAAUUUACAGUCAGCAACUGAAAAAAAGGAGAAAAUCCAUGGAGAAGAAUAUGGUUGUUCUAUAUCGAUAUAUAGAGCCUAAAAAUUUGUUAAUUUUCUUCACUGUACCUCUAUUUUUCUUGUUUCUUGUAUCGAGAUUUCGUCGAAAACCCUAUCCACCAGGGCCUAAAGGGUGGCCGGUGGUAGGUAACACAGGGAUAAUGGACCAACUUACUCAUCGGGGCCUAGCGAGACUUGCAAAGAAAUAUGGCGGCAUCUUCCACCUACGCAUCGGAUUCCUACACAUGGUGGCAAUAUCGAGUCCCGAUAUCGCCCGCCAAGUGUUACAAGUCCAAGACAACAUAUUUUCGAACCGUCCAGCCACUAUUGCCAUAAGUUACUUAACCUAUGAUAGGGCUGAUAUGGCAUUUGCUCACUAUGGACCGUUCUGGCGGCAGAUGAGAAAGCUCUGCGUCAUGAAACUAUUCAGCCGCAAACGGGCCGAGUCUUGGGACUCCGUCCGCGACGAGGUGGACGAUAUGGUCAGCCAGGUGGCGGCAAACACCGGUUCUACCGUAAACAUCGGCGAGUUAGUCUUCGGCCUCACUAGAAACAUCAUCUACCGGGCAGCUUUCGGUUCGAGUUCACAUGAGGGACAAGAUGCUUUCAUAAAGAUUUUGCAAGAAUUUUCCAAACUUUUUGGUGCUUUUAACAUUGCAGAUUUCAUUCCAUGGCUUGGUUGGAUGGAUCCACAGGGCCUAAACAACAGAUUACAGAAGGCUCGUGCUUCACUUGAUAAAUUCAUUGAUUCAAUUAUUGAUGAACAUAUGCAGAAAAAGAAGCACAAUGAUGCGGUCGAAAACGAUAUGGUGGAUGAGUUAUUAGCUUUUUACAGUGAUGAAGCCAUUGUUACAGAAUCAGAGGAUUUUCAGAACUCCAUCAAACUUACUAGAAAUAACAUCAAAGCCAUCAUAAUGGUACGUAUGAAAAUUAAUUAUUUCUUUUAUUAUUUUUCAUGAUUUUGUUUUAGAUUAAUUGUUCAGUUAUGUUUUCAUAAAUAAAUGUUUUUCUUAUGGGGUUUGGUCGGAUAAAAACAAAACAAGUAAUUAUAUAUUUAUUAAUAUGGUUUGAUUUUACAAGUUAUUACCUGUUACACUGCAUCGUCAAGUUGUCUGAUUGUCUGUUUGUAAUUAAACAGCGACACAUUAUAUGUUUUGGGAGGGGAAAAAAUUCAUAAUUAUUUCGUUUUGGUGUUCUAAUUGAAUUGGAAAGGAAAUUAAUUGAGUAACAAACUUGAUGACCAAAGAGAGAAUGAUAUGAUAACUACACAAAGUUCUCACUUUUUGCACAAAAUCAUUUCAUAUUAAUUGCAUAGGUGUUACUCUAAA